GGCGCUCGGCGCAGGCGGUGUUUGUCAGCCUCAAAGCCUCACAGCGCGAGCUGCUAGCCGCCAUUUUCUCCGCGUCUCUCCCUAAAAGCCCAGAAAAAGAGUGGCGUCGAGCCGCCCUCCGGACCGCCUUUCGCCCGUGGGAAAUGGGGAAUUGUGCCGCGGGUCGCCGCGAGAUGUCGACCAUUUGAGCAAGUUAGCGAGGGAAAGCAGAGUUUGGCGAGCAAGGUGGAGAUCGCUGAUUCGUCCAUUGCCUGAGUCCGGAACGAAGCCCUCUGGCGCCGUGAAGCGGCCCUCUGGCUCCCCGCUGGCCUGCUCUGGCACACCUGCAUGGCCUAGCAGGACAUCUCGCCACCGCGCACUGCUUUUCUGCCGCCCGAGUGUCGGGGAUUGUCAAGCAGAUUCCCGGGGAGAGUGCGAGCUGGUCACGUGGCUGUCCUGCGGGGGGGCAGUAAGCGGGUGGUGUGGAGAAGGCCACGGCGCCCGUCUCUCUGCACUGCAUGGCUGCGAUGGCGCCCGCUCUCACCGACGCCCCAGCCGAAGCUCACCACAUCCGCUUCAAACUGGCUGCCCCGUCAUCAAGUCUGUCCGCAGCCGGCGCCGAGAACAGCAGUAACGCCAACAGCAUCCUCAUCCACAGCGGCGGCCCAGCCAAGUGUAAGGUCGGGUCUGAAGAGAAGUGUCCCCUUGUUGAAUUCUGCGGCGGGGACCAGGACCAGCAGCAGCAGCAGCAGUCCCAAGCCGACUCUGUGGCCCAGGCGUCGGCCCUGGGCAAACUCCAGCCUCUGGUGGCGUCCUACCUCUGCUCUGAUGUAACACCUGUCCCCUCCACCAAGGAGUCAAUCACUCUUCAAGGAGUUUUCCUCAAAAGCCACAGAAUAUUGCCCAGCUCCUUGCUCAACGGUGGAGACUUUCUGUUGAGGAAGAGGCACGCCAUAGAACUCUCCGGAGGCCAGCUCAAAAGCCUCAUGAGUGGCACUAACGGUGGGGGCCAGCCGAUGGCACCCGUCAACGGCCUGGCCAAGAAGCUGGCCAACAUGUCUGGUUCUGGCUGUGUGAUGGCAAUGAACGGGGAUAAGCCUCCUGCCUCCACGGAAUCCCAGACUUUGGACUCAAACCCCCUGACGGGUCAUAUUCCGGUGAAAGGAGCCCUCAAACACAAGCAUUCCUCUGGAGUUUGUCCCAAUACACAACCCUCAGAUUGUCAGUCUGCAGCACUUUCCUCCUGUUGUCAUGGCAGCGUAGAAGUGAAAUUGGAGGAGACGGACGCACAAACUACAAGUAGAAGUUCAGACCGGGAGAAAGCAGGUUGUAGCCAGCAGGGUUCCCCGUCUUUGGACAUCCUUGACACUCAGGUCGGGGAGCGCACACGUCUCAGCAGCAACCGCCAAGUGGAAAUCGAAAGUCGCCUACGGCGGCUGCGCAAGCGCCUUCAGGUGGUCCAGGCCAAGCAGGUGGAGCGACACAUUCAGCAGCAGCUGGGCGGCUUCUUGGACACCGCCGUCAGCCGCCUGUUGGCGGGGAACCGCAAAGAGCAGUCCACGGCAACAUGGAGGACAGGGCGCCACUCUUCUUCAAACAACAGAGACAGUUUGGGACGCUUCCUGAAGAGCGGCUCCAUGCCUCUGGAGCUGGAGAGGUUGUACCUGAGCGGCUCAGCCAACCUGCACUCGGCAGAGACCGCCUUCGACUCGGAUGUUACGGAGAGCAGUUCUGGGGGAGACUCAGACCUGGAGGAAGAGGAGCUGACCCGGGUGGACAUUGAUCAGCGCCAUGUCAAAAUAUGGAAGCGUGCGGAGAGUCGCUACACGCUGGAGAGGGCGGCCAUCAUCAGUCACUGGAACUGGCUGCAGGCGCACAUCUCUGACUUGGAGUACCGUAUCCGCCAGCAGACGGACAUCUACCGACAGAUCCGUGCUAACAAGGGCCUGGUGGAGCUGGGAGGUGUCGGUUCUCAAGACGUCAAGACGGAGCCCGGAAACAGCCAAGACGCAGAGCACCCGGCCACAGCAGAACCUUGGAGAGGGCAGAAUGGGCAGCCGGUCAACGGUGUCCUGAGCAGGAUGGCAGAGUGCGUGGACAGCAGCUGUGUGGCAGCACGUACACGCCCCCUCCACGGCUGGCGCCGGCGAAGACUCAUUCAGCCCAACACUGUGGCCAACCUCACCGCCAAGGGAGUUAACAUUUGUUAG